GAAAACAAGAACAAGAAACUAGACAAGGUUGGGUUUCUUUUAGAGGGAACACAUACAUAGCCAUUAAGAUAAGGAACUGCGCUCAAUUAUUUUAAUUGGUUAGCUUUGCUUGUGAGGUUGGCUUCGUUUUCUGCAAUUCCCACUCCACAAAGCCACGCCCUGCAUCACCCCCAAAAAACUAACAGAAAAGCAAAAAAGAAAAGAAAAAGAAAAACCAAAAACUUAAAACUUAAAACAACAUAUUAUUAUUAAUAUCGCUGUAAUUAUUGUUACAGUUUUCAUUUGUCUUGUCCCUUUAUUUUUCGAUUGGAUCUGAGGCUCUUCAGAGUUGCAGAAAGGCACACCAAAGUUGCUUCACUUUCUUGGAGUGUAGUUUCGCUUUGUUCAGAGCAAACUCACACAGAGCUUGUGAAAUCCACAGCCAUGGAAGAAGGUUUCUUACUAUGCAAUUUCAUUGCUGUUUUUCUGCUUUGAUCAGCUCAUCAAGGAUUUCUUAAUGGGUUCACCUGUUAAUGGAUUGGAUUCUUUAGCAGAAGUUCAGAAUUCAGUUUCUGUGGCACAUCAUGAUCCUCCUUCAACAUCAGGGAUUCCCCGGCCAUCUCGGCCGCCGUUAAGCACAUCCAGAAAUCAUGGGGCUUCAUCCAGUCAGCAUAAUAACUAUGGAAUGAAGACCAUCCACCACCAAAAGCAUUCAUAUCAGGAGGCUGACAGCGUAGAGCGAGAUGAAAUGCAGAAUAUGGAGAAGCAGCACUAUAACACAAAUGGGAAAUCUGAGUAUGUGAGCCUCAAUAAAGCUGUUGAAAGUUGUUUAGGAAAGAAUAUCUCCAAAAUGGAAACUAAAUUAAGUAUCAAGCAACCGUUAAAUGCUUCCAAGAAUUGUGAUUCGUCAAAAGGUGUUGUUGAUGGAACAAAGAGCAACUGCCAAUCAGAGAUUACCUUUUGUCCAAGUCCUCAGAAUAGUUUCUAUUCAGAAGCCAAGGAAAGUUUUGGCAACACUGGAGUCAGUGAAUGUGUUAGUGUUGAUAAGUCAGUUGAAAGUGGAGAAGUUACUAAUUCCUGUGAAUUUAACGAGAGCAGGAAGACCAGCAUCUGUAGAGGAAGCACUGGAAGCGACGUUAGUGAUGAGAGCAGCACUAGUAGUCUGAGCAGUGCUUUAUACAAGCCCCACAAGGCAAAUGACAUAAGAUGGGAAGCAAUUCAAGCCAUUCGAGCCCGUGAUGGGGUGUUGGAAAUGAGACAUUUCAGGUUAUUGAAGAAAUUGGGAUGUGGAGACAUAGGAAGUGUAUAUCUAGCUGAACUAAGUGGCACUAGGACUUGUUUUGCAAUGAAAGUAAUGAACAAAACUGAGUUGGCAAGUCGCAAGAAGCUUGUUAGGUCUCAGACAGAGAGAGAGAUACUGCAGUCUCUAGAUCAUCCAUUUCUACCCACAUUGUAUACACACUUUGAGACAGAGACAUUCUCCUGCUUGGUAAUGGAGUUUUGCCCUGGUGGGGACUUGCAUGCACUCAGGCAAAGACAACCUGGGAAGUAUUUUUCUGAGAUUGCUGCCAGGUUUUACGUGGCAGAAGUUCUCCUUGCGUUGGAGUACUUGCACAUGCUUGGGGUGAUCUACAGAGAUCUGAAACCUGAGAAUGUGUUGGUGAGAGAAGAUGGACAUAUAAUGCUUUCAGAUUUUGAUCUCUCUCUAAGGUGUGCUGUGAGUCCAACACUGGUGAAAUCAUCAAACUCUACCUUGGAGACAAAAAGCUCUGGAUACUGCAUUCAGCCUGCGUGCAUUGAGCCAACUUGUGUAAUUCAGCCAGACUGCAUUCAACCAUCAUGUUUCACACCACGAUUUCUCUCGGGAAAAUCCAAGAAAGAAAAAAAGUUGAAGCCAAAGAAUGAUGUGCAGAAUCAGGUGACCCCUCUUCCCGAGCUCAUUGCCGAGCCCACCAAUGCUAGAUCAAUGUCCUUUGUGGGAACACACGAGUACCUGGCACCUGAAAUCAUCAAAGGUGAAGGACACGGCAGUGCUGUAGACUGGUGGACAUUUGGGAUAUUCUUGUAUGAGAUCUUGUUCGGAAGAACGCCGUUCAAAGGUCCGGCGAACCGUGCAACGCUGUUUAAUGUUGUUGGACAGCCCUUAAAAUUUCCAGAAUCUCCCUCUGUGAGCUUUGCUGCCAGGGACUUGAUCAGAGGUUUACUUGUGAAAGAACCUCAGAAUCGCCUUGCUUACAGACGUGGAGCAACAGAAAUAAAACAACAUCCGUUUUUUCAUAAUGUUAACUGGGCACUGAUCCGAUGUGCAAAUCCCCCAGAGGUUCCAAGACAAGCCAUGAAAGCACUUGCAGCUGAAAAGCUGCCUGGAGUGAAGCCUUCUGGUAAUUAUUUAGAUAUUGAUUUCUUUUGAUCUUAUUGUCUGUUUUCUCAUUUGAACUAAUUUCCAUCUUUCAUUUCUGUUGUUUUUCCCCUUGCUUCUUUCCUUUGUAUAAAAAUCAUGCAACUCUUUCAUCUACAUUCAUUCUCGCUUGUAAUUGUCCAUCAUAAACUGUCCUAAGAACCUCCCAAAUGCAUGAAAAUUCAACAACAAA